AUGUCGUCGGCUCUCAGCGCGAUCCGUCGCAAGAAGAAUGUCAAGAAGGGUAUCCAGUUCUGUGUGAUGGUCUGUGGUGCCAGCGGAACCGGCCGUACCACCUUCGUCAACACCCUCUGCGGAAAGAAAGUUUUGGAGGGCAAGGAUGCUGAUGAUGCCGCCAACGCUCAUGUUGAGGAAGGUGUUCGCAUCAAGCCUGUGACGGUUGAACUCGAAUUGGAUGACGAAGGCACCCGGAUCUCCCUUACGAUCGUUGAUACCCCGGGAUUCGGUGAUCAGAUUGACAACGAGGCCAGGCAUGUAUCCCCUGUCCGCACCAAGGAUUCCUCAUCCCGACGCUUUGGAGAGAUUGUAGGUUACCUCGAACGCCAGUACGAUGAUAUUCUCGCCGAAGAGUCACGAAUCAAGCGAAACCCCCGUUUCAGGGACAACCGUGUCCACGUCCUGCUUUAUUUCAUCACGCCGACUGGCCAUGGUCUGCGCGAGCUCGACAUUGAAUUGAUGAAGCGCCUGUCCCCUCGUGUCAACGUGAUCCCGGUUAUCGGCAAGGCCGACUCCCUCACUCCCGCCGAACUCGCUGAGUCCAAGAAGUUGAUCAUGGAGGAUAUUGAGCACUAUCGCAUUCCGGUCUACAACUUCCCUUACGAUAUCGAGGAGGAUGAUGAGGACACCGUGGAGGAGAACGCCGAGCUCCGGGGACUGAUGCCGUUCGCCAUUGUUGGCUCCGAGGACUUUGUCGAGAUCGAUGGUCGCAAAGUACGAGCCAGACAGUAUCCUUGGGGUGUGGUCGAGGUUGAGAACCCUCGUCACUCCGAUUUCCUGGCAAUCCGAAGCGCCCUCCUCCACAGCCAUCUGGCUGAUCUUAAGGAAAUCACUCACGACUUCCUCUACGAAAACUACCGUACCGAGAAGCUUAGCAAGAGCGUUGACGGUGCUUCUCCCCAAGAUUCUUCGAUGAACCCUGAAGACCUCGCCUCCCAAUCCGUCAGACUGAAGGAAGAGCAGCUCCGUCGCGAGGAGGAGAAGCUGCGCGAGAUCGAACUCAAGGUGCAGCGCGAGAUCGCCGAGAAGCGUCAGGAACUGUUGGCGCGCGAGAGCCAGCUCCGGGAGAUCGAGGCACGCAUGGCACGCGAGGCCAGCCAAACCCCGGCCGAGGGUGUGAAUGGAGAGGCCUAA